AACCAGCCUCAUUGUAUCAGAAGAGAGAUGCUCACAUAUGAAAGGGGAUCUAGCUACAGUAGCUAGAGGAAACGAAACCCACCUGAUUAGUCUUUGACUGGAACAGCAAUGGUCAAGAUCACUUUCCUGUCCGUCGCGGGACAGAAAGUCGAGAAGGAGAAUGAUGGAGAAAAGACCGAAAUUCUCAUAACCCAUCCGAUGGAGGAUGAUGAGGAGCUGGUUUUGCCUCUGCGCUCCCGGAGGUCUCCUCUGAACGGCCUAUGCUGCCUGACCUCUGGCCUGGUGGUCUUCAUGUCUGGCCUGGUGUUGGCCUCCAUCUAUGUCUACCGCUACUACUUCAUACCUCAGAUCCCAGAGGAGAGUCUGUUCCACUGCAGGGUUCGUUAUGAAGACUCUGUGUACGCUCCUCUGAGAGGCAGACAGGAGCUGGAGGAGAACGUGGGCAUCUACCUGGAAGACAACUAUGAGCAGAUCAGCGUGCCUGUGCCCCAUUUUGGAGGAAGCGACCCCGCUGACAUCAUCCACGACUUUCACAGGGGACUGACUGCCUACCAUGACAUCACUCUGGACAAAUGCUAUGUCAUCGAGCUCAAUACCACCAUCGUCAUGCCCCCACGGAACCUCUGGGAACUGCUGGUCAAUGUUAAGAAGGGGACGUACCUGCCCCAGACAUACAUUAUCCAGGAAGAGAUGGUCGUGACGGGGAAGGUUCACAACAUGCGCCAGCUGGGGCCCUUCAUCUACCGCCUGUGUAACGGCAAGGACACGUACCGUCUGAAGCGCCGCGCCCGCAGACGCGUCAACAAACGGGAAGCGGCGAACUGCCAUCGCAUCCGCCACUUUGAGAACACGUUUGUUGUUGAGACGGUCAUCUGUGAUUGAGCGUAAACUGUUACCCCACCAUGACCGCCACGCACGACACCCCAAGGCACAGCCACCUCUCCAGCCACUGUAGCGCAUCCCUGUGUAGAUACUUUGAAUUACGUUUCAGUUGCACUUGAACUAUGGUUUUGUUCCUUUUUUGGUAUGUUUUACUGUCUCUUAUAAAAAAAGUUCAUUUUUGUAAUUGUCAGUAGUGAUGUUUUCCUUGUGUUUCCUGGCUGCAAUAAUACAUGUUUUUCUCUGUGAUUUACCUUGGCUGAAAUAGUUUCAUGUAGCAGAACCACUAAGCUAAUUAUAAUGGGGGGGUUCCACUUAAGAUAACUGUGUGACUGCCUCUGUUGUCAGGGGAGACAACCGUUUCCAUGUGUUGUCAAGGUGACUGUACUUGAUUUCCCUGCUCUUGAAAUUACUGCUCAUCCCUGUUCGUUUUGUAAUAGGACCCUGUGCUAAGGCAUGAAAUCUUGCUACUCAGCAAACACCCGACCUAAUGUUGUGCCGCAUCGCUCUCAGCUUUAUCUCUUGCUCUUUGUCUCACUCUGUUUCUCUGUCACUGUUUCUCUGUCCCAGCACACCUCCUCUUGCUUCUUUCUCUUUCAGCUGAUCUUUCUUCUUCUUUAGCUCAGUCACCCAAUCGGACUAAGGUAAAAAAAAAUUGAAUGUGAGUUUAAGAAACAGUGUCCCUACAAAGUGAAAUAGACAAAUUGGCCAUUAUUAGUCUUUGUGCACGUUUGCACCUGUAUGUAAGUAGUCUAGAAUCAUGUAUAUGACAUUAAAUACCUGCUCUUCACUUACUGUGUGUAGUUAUAUGUAAUGUAGCAGAUUAUUUCCAGCCAAGCUGCCCUUCCCCCUGUGAAAGCUUCAAAGUUUCUCCCUCCUUUUUGAUGCCCCUCUUAUCACCUCUUCAUGAUUUGUUCUUUCUUUUGGGGGAGGCCGAGCCUCUCCCCCUUCGUUUGCACUCUUUAUCAACGCUUCUGUGAGUCGUUCUAGUAGAAUUCUGUCUUGAUUUUCCCCCCUGCAUGUGUGUUUCUCUGUAAGCGAAAAACUGCACUGUUAGAAUCUUUUAUAAACCACGUUUAAAGCCUUGGUCCAGAGUCAGAGACUGGACUAAAGUAAUGACUGCUGUAAGGGAGUUUAUUAUAUAAUAUGUUAAUCUAUACCUUAGACUGGUCUGUAUAUUUUGUCUACUGGUGAAGUCUUAUCUGUGAAUAAAGUAGUUAAAACACC